AUGAGGGGGACCGUUGAUCCACCUUUUCAGAUAAAUGAGGAACAAUUGCAGUUAGCCGUUCAGGCAGCUCUUUUCAAAGCAUUUCGACCGGCAGGUGCGUCAUCAUCACAAGUUUGUGAAAUGCCAACUCUGUUUGAGGGCGGCCCAGAUCCACUUGUUGCGGAUAGUUUCAUGGAUAGGGUGGAGAAGCAUAUUAAUGCCAUGAAUUUGGCAACAGACAAGUUGAAGAUCAUAUUGGCGACUUACAAUUUUAUUGGUGAUGCUGAGAUAUUGUGGAAGACCAUUUCACACACCCACAAUUUGGAUACUAUGACAUAUGAUACUUUCAAGAAGUUAUACUAUGAGAAGUACUUUCCGGCGCCUAAGCGGAGGGAACUAAAGAAGAAGUUUGAUAGGUUGAAGCAAGGAAACAUGACAGUUACAGAGUAUGAAAACAAGUUUACAUCGCUUUUGAGGUUUGCACCGGGGAUUGCUAAUGAUGAGGAAGAAAAGAUAGAAAAGUUUGUUGAUGGUCUUGAUCUCACCAUCAGGCCAAUUGUAGCUGCCUCAAAACCGUCAGAGUAUGCAAAAGCAGUGCGAAAAGCUUUAAUAGUUGAGGCGGAAAGCAGGGACAGUAAGGCUAUCAAGGAGUCCUACAAGCACAAUAGGGGUAUGAGUGCUUUCUCCGAGGGUCAAUCAAGUAAGAAGCAGAAGUAUGAACAGUCAGGGUUCAGGGGAUAG